UACUGAAUUGGAUUGUGCUCUGCCUAAACAUAUUUCAGGUGUUAACCAAAACAUUGAAAUCAAGUGUUUAGUAAAAAGAUGCCACACAAUCUUUAUAGGCUAUAUAAUAGUUAAACUGAGACAUUUGUUCAAUUGCCAUAUUUGUGAUCACGUUAACGAUAUUUAAGAGACACUCUUUGGUCAUAUCUGCUACAUAGAAUGAUGGCAUUGAUUUACCUUUCUAUAGGACUUCUACAGGCGGUUUACCAACUGUGUUCUGCUGCCGCAAUUGAUAUAAGACUGGUUGGUGGCUCAAGCCAGUACAGUGGACGUGUUGAGAUUUUAUUCGACAAUAAAUGGGGUACAGUCUGUGGCGAUAGCUUUUCCGACACAGAUGCCGUCGUUGUGUGCAGGAUGUUGAACUUCCCAUCAGCUGGCGCUCGUGUUAUUGCAAAUCAUGCAAGCUACCCAACUGCGCCAGCCCAGAUAUGGCUUGACGAUGUUGGCUGUGCAGGAUCUGAGCAGAGCAUCGCUGAUUGUUCUCAUCGCAUGCCAUGGGGCUCACAUAACUGUAACCAUGACGAUGAUGUGGGUGUUGUCUGCUCCUCAACUGCCGCCAUUAAUAUAAGAUUGGUUGGUGGCUCAAGCCAGUACAGUGGACGUGUCGAGAUUUUUAUCAACGAGAUGUGGGGUACAGUCUGUGGCGAUAGCUUUUCCGACACAGAUGCCGUCGUUGUGUGCAGGAUGUUGAACUUCCCAUCGAUUGGGGCUCGUGUUAUUGCAAAUCAUGCAAGCUUCCCAAUUGCGCCAGCCCAGAUAUGGCUUGACGAUGUUGGCUGUACAGGAUCUGAGCAGAGCAUCGCUGAUUGUUAUCAUCGCAUACCAUGGGGCUCACAUAACUGUAACCAUGACGAUGAUGUGGGUGUUGUCUGCUCCUCUACUGCCGCCAUUGAUAUAAGACUGAUUGGUGGCUCAAGCCAGUACAGUGGACGUGUCGAAAUUUUUAUCAACGAGAUGUGGGGGACUGUCUGUGCCGAUAGCUUUUCCGACACAGAUGCCGUCGUUGUGUGCAGGAUGCUGAACUUACCAUCAGCUGGUGCUCGGGCUUAUACAAAUAUCGCAAGCUAUCCAACUGCACCAGCCCAGAUAUGGCUUGAUGAUGUUGGCUGUACAGGAUCUGAGCAGAGCAUCGCUGAUUGUACUCAUCGCAUGCCAUGGGGCUCACAUAACUGUAACCAUGACGAUGAUGUGGGUGUUGUGUGCUCCUCAACGGCCGACAUAAAUAUAAGACUGGUUGGUGGUUCAAGCCAGUACAGUGGACGUGUUGAGAUUUUAAUCAACGAGAAGUGGGGUACAGUCUGUGACGAUAGCUUUUCCGACACAGAUGCCGUCGUUGUGUGCAGGAUGCUGAACUUUCCAUCAGCUGGCGCUCGUGUUAUUGCAAAUCAUACAAGCUACCCAACUACGCCAGCCGAGAUAUGGCUUGAUGAUGUUCAGUGUACAGGAUCUGAGCAGAGCAUCGCUGAUUGUUAUCAUCGCAUACCAUGGGGCUCACAUAACUGUAACCAUGACGAUGAUGUGGGUGUUGUCUGCUCCUCUACUGCCGCCAUAAAUAUUAGACUGGUUGGUGGCUCAAGCCAGUACAGUGGACGUGUCGAGAUUUUAAUCAACGAGAAGUGGGGUACAGUCUGUGACGAUAGCUUUUCCGACACAGAUGCCGUCGUUGUGUGCAGGAUGCUGAACUUUCCAUCAGCUGGCGCUCGUUUUAUUGCAAAUCAUGCAAGCUACCCAACUGCGCCAGCCCAGAUAUGGCUUGACGAUGUUGGCUGUACAGGAUCUGAGCAGAGCAUCGCUGAUUGUUAUCAUCGCAUGCCAUGGGGCUCACAUAACUGUAACCAUGACGAUGAUGUGGGUGUUGUCUGCUCCUCAACCGCCGCCAUUAAUAUAAGACUGGUUGGUGGCUCAAGCCAGUAUAGUGGACGUGUCGAAAUUUUAAUCAACGAGAAGUGGGGUACAGUCUGUGACGAUAGCUUUUCCGACACAGAUGCCGUCGUUGUGUGCAGGAUGCUGAACUUUCCAUCAGCUGGUGCUCGGGCUUAUACAAAUAUCGCAAACUAUCCAACUGCACCAGCCCAGAUAUGGCUUGAUGAUGUUGGCUGUACAGGAUCUGAGCAGAGCAUCGCUGAUUGUUAUCAUCGCAUGCCAUGGGGCUCACAUAACUGUAACCAUGACGAUGAUGUGGGUGUUGUGUGCUCCUCAACGGCCGACAUAAAUAUAAGACUGGUUGGUGGCUCAAGCCAGUACAGUGGACGUGUUGAGAUUUUAAUCAACGAGAAGUGGGGUACAGUCUGUGACGAUAGCUUUUCCGACACAGAUGCUGUCGUUGUGUGCAGGAUGCUGAACUUUCCAUCAGCUGGCGCUCGUGUUAUUGCAAAUCAUACAAGCUACCCAACUACGCCAGCCGAGAUAUGGCUUGAUGAUGUUCAGUGUACAGGAUCGGAGCAGAGCAUCGCUGAUUGUUAUCAUCGCAUACCAUGGGGCUCACAUAACUGUAACCAUGACGAUGAUGUGGGUGUUGCCUGCUCCUCAACCGCCGCUAUAAAUAUAAGACUGGUUAGUGGCUCAAGCCAGUACAGUGGACGUGUCGAGAUUUUCAUCAACGAGAAGUGGGGUACAGUCUGUGACGAUGGCUUUUCCGACAAAAAUGCCGUCGUUGUGUGCAGGAUGUUGAACUUUCCAUCAGCUGGCGCUCGUGUUAUUGCAAAUCAUACAAGCUACCCAACUCCGCCAGCGCAGAUAUGGCUUGACGAUGUUCGUUGUACAGGAUCUGAGCAGAGCAUCGCUGAUUGUUAUCAUCGCGUGCCAUGGGGCUCACAUAACUGUAACCAUGACGAUGAUGUGGGUGUUGCCUGCUCAUCAACCGCCGCCAUUAAUAUAAGACUGGUUGGUGGCACAAGCCAGUACAGUGGACGUGUCGAGAUUUUAAUCAACGAGAAAUGGGGUACAGUCUGUGGCCAUAGCUUUUCCGACAAAAAUGCUGUCGUUGUGUGCAGAAUGCUGAAGUUACCAUCAGCUGGCGCUCGGGCUUAUACAAAUCUCGCAAGCUAUCCAACUGCACCAGCCCAGAUAUGGCUUGACGAUGUUCGGUGUACUGGAUCUGAGCAGAGCAUCGCUGAUUGUUAUCAUCGUAUGCCAUGGGGCUCACACAACUGUAACCAUGACGAUGAUGUGGGUGUUGUGUGCUCCUCUAGUCGGCCUAUACGACUUGUUCCGUUCGAUGGAGUUGCAUACGAAGGACAAUUCCAGUUUUUGGAUGGCAAUGAGUGGCUGAGCAUUACAAAUCGUACAUCAAAAGUGACGGCGAAAACAAUUUGUGAACUUCUUGGAUUUGGGUAUGUAGGAUCAUAUUUUGGGCAAGAGAACCUGCUCCCAGGUGCAGAAUAUUUUUCAAUAGACUGUAACGGAACGGAGACAGAUAUAUCACAAUGUAAGUGGACAAGAGAAAAUAAUGACGAAGAAUAUGGAACAUUGGGCCUUUCUUGUUCAGAUUAUGAAAUAACGGAUGUCCGACUAGAUGGUGUGUCCGGUGACACCGGUCUUAUGGAAGUAUUUGUUAACAACAAUUGGCGGACAGUUUGUGAGGUUGGCUUUACCAAUUACACUGCUGAUCUUAUAUGCCGAGAUCUUGGAUUCAGCAAAGCAAAAUGGUAUAAGCAUAAUCUAGAAUCAAACCAAGUGAACAAUGAAAAUAACAUCGGGUCAUUGAUUUGCAACCAAGGUGACAUAUUAUUACGGGAUUGUGAAAUUAUCCCUAUGGCAUAUUAUUCUUAUGGACCUGGUGAAUUUGAUGAAUGUGUUGGCAACAGAGUGACUAUUGCAUGUUCGAAAGUACCUGCAGAUGAGCCAAUCAUCAAUGAGGGUGUGGACAUUUAUCUAGUUGUUAUUCCGACGGCCAUCAGUUGCUUUAUUGUGUUAUGUCUUCUUGUUGGUGGACUGGUGUAUUGCAAGCGGACAGGUACACUGUGUUUUCCGCAUCGACAGCAAAAUGCCAAUAAUUUAAGUGACAGACCGAAUUUGCAGAAUGAAACACAAUAUGGAAGAUAUUCGGCUGUGCCAGUCUCUAUUACCAAAGAUGAUUGCAAAGAUAGCGAUGAAGCGAAUGCGACAAUUGAUAGAAAUAAUGCACUUGAAAUACCUAUGCAGACCUUUCAUGAUCAACACCAAGACAAAAAGGGAAAUGGAGAGGAAAGGAACGAUUCGGACAUCAGAAUUGUUGCCAACCACAAUCAUGAUGGUGCAGAGGGCAGUGAAUAAUUGGCAAAGAUAAGGAAAGCAGAAUGUAUGUAUUCCAUAUGGCUUUGGCUACUGGCAAACGGUGCAAAAGUUAAUAUUGAUGAUAAUGAUGAACCAGGAAUACGCCUGCAGACAAAUUCUGUUCAACUCGAACAUGCAAUAAGAGUGCAAUAAAAUGGACAGCUUAGAUGUGACACACAACAUUUAUGCAAAGAGUAGUGAAAAAUAAAAGCAAAUAUUAGGAAGGCAGAAUUUAUGCAUUCUUGAUGGCGAUGCCCCCCACCAUCCCAUGCAAAAAUGACUAGAAGAGGGCUAUAUCAUCAGAAACUAUUCUUAUUAGGCCAGUGAUUUUAAUAGCUUACUUAUGAACACAGAAACUCAAAUAUUUUAUCUUUUGUGUCAUAUGUUCUGCAUGUUUGUGUAUUUAUUGUUGAAAUUGUGUCCGCAGUAUCACUUUCGUUAUGGGAUUGUUUAUAUAUAGACCUGGAUAAAACAUUUCAUAGCAGAUUUUGUAAACAUUCACUAAGAAGCCAAUGACCAAAGAGCGGUCAUCUGAAACAUAUUUAACAAGUUAGCGAACAUAGUUGUAUCCUUCUGCAUUUAAUUGUCACGAAAACUUUAACUAAAUGGUCGAGAUGAAAUACAACCAAUCAACCAAUGCUGGCCACAUACGUUUGCGAAGUAUGUAGAGCUUAACAUAAUACCCUGCAUUGUUGUAUUGAAACGUUUUUUGUACAUCAUGUAGUGACACGUAUACGUACAUUGCAUUGACUCGUCUACGUACAACAUGCAGUGACACGUAUACGUACAUUGCAUUGACUCGUCUACGUACAACAUGCAGUGACACGUAUACGUACAUCAUGUAUUGAUUCGUCUACGUACAUUGCAUUGACUUGUUUUCGUACAUCAUGUAGUGACACGUACAUGUACAUUGUAUUGACUCGUCUACGUUCAACAUGAAGUGACACGUACACGUACAUUGUAUUGACUCUUCUACGUACAACAUGCAGUGACACGUAUGCGUACAUUGUAUUGACUCGUCUACGUUCAUCAUGUAGUGACACGUAUACGUACAUUGUAUUGACUCGUCUACGUACAACAUGCAGUGACACGUACACGUACAUUGUAUUGACUCGUCUACGUUCAUCAUGUAGUGACACGUAUACGUUCAUUGUAUUGACUCGUCUACGUUCAUCAUGUAGUGACACGUAUACGUGAAUUGUAUUGACUCGUUACGUACAUCAUGGAAUAACACGUACACGAAAAUUGUAUUGACUCGUCUACGUACAUCAUGAAGUGAAACCUACACGUUCAUUGUAUUGACUCGUCUUCGUACAUCAUGUAGUGACACGUAUACGUACAUUGUAUUGACUCGUAUACGUACAUCAUGUAGUGACACCAAUACGUACAUUGUAUUGACUCGUCUACGUUCAUCAUGUAGUGACACGUACACGUACAUUGUAUUGACUCGUCUACGUACAUCAUGUAGUGACAAGUAUACGUACAUUGUAUUGACUCGUCUACGUACAUCAUGUAGUCACACGUAUACGUACAUUGUAUUGACUCGUCUACAUACAUCAUGUAGUGACACCUACACGUUCAUUGUAUUGACUCGUCUACGUACAUCAUGUAGUGACACGUAUACGUACAUUGUAUUGACUCGUCUACGUACAUAAUGGAAUAAAACGUAUAUGUGCGGAUGCUACAAGCUAAUGAUACAAUUAACACAAUGAUAUGGUGCCUUACUAACUAUAGCUGUGUUUUACUUCACCAUAACAUUACAAUUUGUGAUAAUGCUUACCUUUACUCGGAUAACUUUGUUUAAUUGCAUAGUAUAUACAUCGUUAAGAUAAUGAAAUGAAGUUGUAACCUAUUUUUAGCUGAAUAUAUACAUAUAUAAAAGAAAACAUAUACAUUUGUAACAUUUUCAUGCACACCCAACCUGUGAUGCAUUAUAAACAUAGUUGUAAAUAAUUUCUUCUGAAUUAAAUGGGAAUAAAAAUACCUUAAAUGUU